UGUUUGUUAAUCUGAACGUGGUCCCAUUUUGUCAUACCAAGGAUUAAAGAGGAACAAAUAAACAGAAAGCAGAAUAAACAACUCUGUUUUUUCUCAGCAAACUAGUUUUAAAUUAUCAAGUAUUUUAUCAACACCACAUGUGGGUUGUGUUGGGUAUGUGCUCUUUUUGAAGGGUUUUGUUGCAUUUCAAAAGAAUUAACUGUUUAUUGUUGCUUUUAGGGCUUUUUGGGCAAAUAAUCUAGAUGGGUUUUUUCUGUUGCUGAGGUUUUUUCCCAAUUUGAGCUUAUAAGCUUCAGUGGAAUGGAGGUUUCAGCUCUGAAUCUGGUCAUUUUUGGGGCUUUUCUAGGGCUGAGACCAUUAUACCAUUCAUUUGGAAAGCGCUUUAGGGUUUGUUGCAUGUCCAAAAAAAUUACUGUUUAUUGUUGCUUUUAGGGCUUUUUUAGCAAAGAAUCUAGAUGGGUUUGUUCUGUUGCUAAGGUUUUUCCCAAUUUGAGCUUAUAAGCUUUAGUGGGUGAGCUUUCAGCUCUGAAUCUGGUCAAAUUUGGGGCUUUUGCGGUGGUGAUACCAUUAAUUUGGAAAGCUAUUGGUAAGUUUCUGGUUUUGACGAUUCCAUAAAAGAAAGGUUCUUUUGAGGCCUGGAAUGAUAGUGGAAGAUUUGUCUUGAUUUCCUGGCCAGCAUAAAGGUACUUAGCAAUCAUUUUAAGUUAUGAAACUAGUUCUUUUUUAGUUCUAUAUAAAGCAGUGAGUUACAGCUUUCCAUUUUUUUUGCAUCAAAAAUUGAGGUGAAAGUUUGUGAGGGACAAGGGUUUUUUGAUCUCUGAAUUGGGUAUUUUCAUUUGGUUAAAGACCUUGUAUGUAAGAACUGGGGUUUUAACUGGAAAGAAGUUAUUUUAUUGAGAUUUGCUGAGAUAUUUGCAAAAACUGUGUCCGAUCAUGGCGGAAAAUAAGUAGUUUUUGAGCUCUUGAAGCUCAAAAAAAGUUGUGGUUCUGAAUUGAAGGGAGAGUUUGUUGUUGGUAUUUCGUUAGAUUUCUGCAAAAUUUGUGCAUGAUCAUGGAGAAACAGAACAGUUUCCGACCUGCAACAAUGGAGAAACAGCAGAGCUUUCGCGGUGGGGUGAUGGAGAAGCAGAAGAGCUUUCGCGGUUUGAUGGAGAAGCAGAAGAGCUUUCGGAUAGUGAUGGAGAGGCAGUUCAGCUUUGGCGGUGAGAGGAAGAAAAGCAAGGAGUCACCUGGGAAAAGAGGCGACUCUCCACUUCAUCUGGCUGCUCGAGGUGGGAAUUUGACUAGAAUUAGGGAAAUUUUUCAGAAGUGUGAUACUAAUGGAGUGAAGGAUUUGCUAUCAAAGCAGAACCUGGAGGGGGAGACUGCCCUAUAUGUUGCCGCGGAGAAUGGGCAUGCGCUAGUUGUUGGAGAGUUCUUGAAACAUUUGGACCUUCAAACUGCAUCUAUUGCAGCCAAGAAUGGCUAUGAUUCAUUUCAUAUUGCAGCAAAGCAGGGUCAUCUCGAGGUACUAAAGGAACUUUUGAGUUCCUUCCCCAACCUGGUCAUGACCACAGAUCCAUCGAAUUCUACUGCUUUACACACAGCUGCAGCCCAAGGACACAUUGAAGCAGUGGAUUUGCUUCUAGAAGCUGACCAAAAUCUUGCUAAGAUAGCCCGAAACAAUGGUAAGACUGUGCUCCAUUCGGCAGCAAGGAUGGGCCACUUGGAAGUGGUGAAAUCCCUGUUAAGGAAGGAUCCAAGUAUUGGUUUUAGGACCGAUAAGAAAGGUCAAACUGCACUGCUCAUGGCUGUCAAAGGGCAAAAUGUGGAUAUUGUGCUUGAAUUGAUUAAACCUGACCUGGCAGUUUUGAGUUUGGAAGAUAGCAAGGGUAACACGGCACUGCAUAUUGCAACAAGGAAGGGCCGUACUCAGAUUGUAAAGUGUCUACUAUCUGUUGAGGGCAUUAACAUCAAUGCAAUUAACAAGGCUGGGGAGACCCCACUUGAUAUUGCAGAAAAGUUUGGUACUCCAGAACUUGUCACUGUCUUAAGAGAAGCAGGGGCUACCACUUCUGCAGAUCAAGGUAAACCCCCCAAUCCAGCAAAGCAGCUCAAGCAAACUGUCAGUGACAUAAAACAUGACGUUCAGUCUCAACUCCAACAGACCCGUCAAACCGGUGUUAGGGUUCGGAAAAUUGCAAGUAAACUAAAGAAGCUCCACAUCAGUGGCCUCAACAAUGCCAUAAACUCAGCAACUGUGGUUGCUGUUCUCAUUGCGACUGUUGCUUUUGCAGCCAUCUUCACUGUACCUGGCCAGUACGUCGAGGAGAAAACAGAUGGUUUUUCACUUGGGCAAGCCCACAUAGCAAAAAAUGCAGCUUUCAUAAUUUUCAUAUUGUUUGACAGCAUGGCUUUAUUCAUCUCCCUGGCUGUUGUUGUAGUCCAGACUUCUGUGGUAGUGAUAGAAGAGAAGGCAAAGAGGCAACUCAUGUUUGUGAUAAACAAGGUCAUGUGGUUGGCUUGCCUCUGUAUUUCUGUUGCUUUCAUUUCUCUCACCUAUGUUGUGGUGGGUUCAAAAGAAAGGUGGCUUGCUGUGACUGCAACAGUAAUUGGUAGCACAAUCAUGCUCACUACAAUUGGCUCGAUGUGCUAUUGUGUCAUUCGGCAAAGGUUGGAGUCAGCAAAGAUGAGGAAUAUAAGGAGAGGUGAGACGUUGUCCCGUUCUUUCUCAAUGUCUAUGGCAUCAGAUCCUGAGCUUUUGAACGAAAAAUAUAAGAGGAUGUAUGCACUUUAAGAGCAAAAGAAAUUCAGGAGAAGCAGAAAAGAAGAUUGGAUGGCAUUCUGUUCACCUAUCUAUCUUGCAGCAAGUAGUUGCUGUUCUGCUCUCGUGACCGCUGUUCGGUUGUAGAUUUGAGCCUUAUUUGGUUCAGUACAUCAGGUGAAGAUAGUAUAGUCACCUUGGUUCUCUUCACCUGUUGAAUCUCCCAUAGUAUUAAUGUUGUGCAGAGGUCAUACAAUCCAAAUAUUAGUUGGUUGAUUGUGAGGACUUCCACAUUGGAUUGUGGAAGUGUGGCCUGAGGAUGCCAAUUACUGAUAUGAUAUUCUUAUUUGUAGGUAAGUGUCUACAUGUAAGCCAUUUCUAUGAGAAAAUGUUGUAUUGACCAAUGAUUAUUAUAUAAUAUAUAUAUAUUUAUAUUAAUAGUUUAUUUCUUCA